AUGACGUUGACUCACUCCAUCGGAAAUGAUGGCACCCAUGUGCUUUACCUGUCCGUAUCCGGCAAGUAUCUCUUAGUAAACGGUUCUACUAUCGAGGUGGUAGACGAAAUACCGCUUGCUUACUCCAAGGAAACCGCCACCCCUGUUUCAUGUGUUUUGGGAACCAUCAAGUUGAAAAUCAACAAAUACCUUAUUCUCGCUGAUAGGCACGAGAUCACUGGAUCUAUCAUGGGCAAACACAUCGCCAAGGUGUCUUCGUUCAAGAUCUAUACCCUCGGUAAUGAUAGCAUUUCCAAGAAGGAUGCCGAGGAGGGCCAGUAUUUGAGCUUGUUGAACCAGCACUUGACUAACGCCACGUUGUUUUACUCCGUGGACAAUGCCUACGAUUUGACCAAUUCUUUGCAGAGGCAAAUUGCUGGGGUCAAGCCAAUCAAGACCGAUGCUCGUUUCUGGUGGAACAAGUAUUUGUCAGAGGAAUUGCUCUCUUCUGGAGCGGUAGACUUUGUGUCGCCGGUUAUUUACGGAUACUUCAAGUCACACUCUGCGUUCUUCAACGGUGGACAGCUGUUGGAAUUUGCGUUGCUCACACGUAGAUCGUGGCUCCGUGCUGGUACAAGAUACUUCCGUCGUGGAGUUGAUGAGGAAGGAAACGUCGCCAAUUUUAACGAGACUGAGCAGAUCUUCACAACAAGUAAUAACCAGAUCUACUCGUUCUUGCAGACCAGAGGCUCUGUGCCAGUGUACUGGUCAGAAAUCAACAACUUGAAGUACAAGCCUAACUUGGUCCUUUCCUCCAGGCCAGCACAGGAGGCUACUGCUAAGCACUUCAAGGAGCAGGUGGAACUCUAUGGUGAUAACUAUUUGGUCAAUUUGGUCAACCAGAGUGGUUACGAGCAACCUAUCAAGGACGCUUACGGAAAGGCCGUGGAAACCUUGCCGGAAAGCAUCGCCGAACAUGUCAAGUACAUUUACUUUGACUUCCACCACGAGUGCAGACGUAUGCGUUGGGACAGAGUCAAGCUCCUUAUUGAGCAUUUGAUUGAGUUGGGUUUCACCAGCGACAACUACUUCCACUUUGACCUCACCGCCAACAACGUCAAGAAUUUACAGAACAAGGUAGUUAGAACCAACUGUAUGGACUGUUUGGAUCGUACCAACGUCGUACAGUCGAUGUUGGGCAGGUGGGUGUUGCAGUCCCAAAUGGAGGACUCACACUAUUUGUCCAGGGACAACACCACGCCUUGGGAGAUCAUAGAUCCACAGUUUAACCUUUUCUUCCAGAGCUUCUGGGCUGAUAACGCAGAUGCAGUGUCUUGUGCAUACUCGGGUACUGGUGCCUUGAAGACCGAUUACACCAGAACUGGUAAGAGAACCAAGUUGGGAGUACUCAAUGAUGGAAUCAAUUCCGUAACCAGAUAUUACCUCAACAACUACAAGGACGGAUACAGACAGGAUUCCUACGACUUGUUUUUGGGUAAUUAUAGGCCGUUCCAGGACUCUAUCUCGAACCCAUUCAUUGACAGAAGAUCUCCUUACAUACAGUUGCUUCCGUACUUGAUUGGUGCAUCAUUUUUGGUACUUGUGGCGCUUGUUAUGUACCCAAGCGGGUCCCUUUUCAGCUGGAAGAACCUUAUUUUCGUGGGUACAUGCGUGUACUUUGGCUUCCGCAAUACCAGCUACGUGUUCAAGAAUGGCUACCAGUUUGUCAACUGGCCACUGUUGAUGCCAUUGGACUACUUGAAGAAGUCAGACGUGUUCAACUUGGACGGUAAGUUUGUGGGUAUCCGUUAUGAUGAGCACGAGAACUUCAAGACCUCCAAGAAGCGCAAUUAG